AUGAUCCUCUGCGGACCUUCAGCGUCUUCAAAUGUCUUUCAUCGCCGCCCCCUCCAGCGAAAGCUCGUAGUCCUCGGAGAUGGUGCUGCCGGCAAGACUUCCCUUCUAAACGUCUUUUGUCGUGGCUUCUUCACCUAUACAUACGAACCGACCGUUUUCGAAAACUAUGUCAGCGAAAUCCAGGUUGAUGACCAGGUCAUCGAGCUCAGUCUAUGGGAUACGGCCGGACAGGAAGAAUUCGAUCGACUACGUUCUCUGAGUUUCGCUGAAACACAUGUCAUCAUGCUUUGUUUCUCGGUGGACAAUCCAACCUCGCUGGAGAAUGUCGAAUCCAAGUGGAUAGACGAUAUUAUUCAAUACUGCCGUGGAGUCAAGCUGGUCUUGGUGGCGUGCAAAUGCGAUUUGAGAGAAGACCCCGCUACAUUGGAAAAGCUGGCAUCACAGGGCAAGAAUGUCGUGGUCUACGAAGAGGGACUGGCAGUCGCCCGUCGGAUUAACGCCAGUCGUUAUCUUGAAUGCUCGGCCAAACACAACCGAGGCGUGACCGAGGUGUUUACAGAGGCCGCUCGUGUCUCUGUGAAUGCACGGGCCAAAGGUUCAGAAGGAUAUGGUGCGUCGAAGAAGCACGAAUGCAUCGCUAUGUGA